AGAGCUGGCCGCCGCAGUUUGCCGCCGCUGCUGGGCGCCUAGGCAGAGAGCUCCCCGGGGUUCGUGCGGCCGCCAUGGACGAGCAGGCGGGGCCCGGCGUCUUCUUCAGCAACAACCACCCGGGAGCUGGCGGUGCUAAGGGGCUCGGGCCUCUGGCGGAGGCUGCAGCGGCCGGAGACGGAGCGGCUGCGGCGGGGGCGGCCCGAGCUCAGUACAGCCUCCCGGGGAUCUUGCACUUCCUGCAGCACGAAUGGGCCCGCUUCGAGGUGGAGAGAGCCCAGUGGGAGGUGGAGCGGGCGGAGCUGCAGGCUCAGAUUGCUUUCCUUCAGGGGGAGAGGAAAGGACAAGAAAAUUUGAAGAAAGAUCUUGUGAGGAGGAUCAAAAUGCUGGAAUAUGCUUUGAAGCAGGAAAGAGCCAAAUACCACAAGUUGAAAUAUGGGACAGAACUGAAUCAGGGAGACAUGAAGCCUCCAAGCUAUGACUCUGAUGAAGGUAAUGAAACAGAGGUGCAGCCACAGCAAAAUAGCCAGUUAAUGUGGAAACAAGGCCGGCAGCUACUCAGGCAGUAUCUCCAGGAGGUCGGCUACACAGAUACUAUUCUAGACGUGAAAUCCAAGCGUGUGCGGGCAUUGUUGGGCUUUUCAAGUGAUGUCACUGACAGGGAGGAUGACAAAAACCAGGACUCAGUGAUAAAUGGCACAGAGGCUGAAGUUAAAGAGACAGCAAUGAUUGGAAAAUCCGAGCUAACGGAUUCUGCCUCUGUGCUGGACAAUUUCAAAUUCCUUGAAAGUGCAGCUGCAGAUGUCAGUGACGAGGACGAGGACGAGGACACUGAUGGAAGAGCCAAGAGUGUCAUUGAUACUUCCACAAUUGUUAGGAAAAAAGCAUUGCCUGAUACCAGUGAAGAUCGAGACACAAAAGAAGCUCUGAAGGAGUUUGACUUUCUUGUCACAUCAGAGGAAGGAGACAACGAAUCUAGAAGCGCAGGCGAUGGAACCGACUGGGAAAAGGAAGAUCAGUGUCUCACGCCUGAAGCCUGGAAUGUGGACCAGGGAGUGAUCUCCAAACUGAAGGAGCAGUACAAAAAGGAGAGGAAGGGGAAGAAGGGGGUGAAGAGAAAAACUACCGAAGAUCUGUUUCAGCCUCUAUCCUAUAUAAAACAGUCAAAACAGGGAUGUGGGAGAAUGAAGAGACAAAGCCCAGGGCCCAAUAGGUCAAAACUACAAGAUAUGCUUGCUAAUUUGAGAGACGUUGAUGAACUUCCCUCCUUGCAGCCAUCUGUUGGCUCCCCUUCCAGACCCAGCAGCUCCAGGCUUCCAGAACAGGAGCUCAGUAGGGCAGAUGAAGUGGAAGCGCUGACAUUCCCCCCUUCUUCUGGGAAGUCAUUUAUCAUGGGAGCAGACGAAGCCCUUGAGAGCGAGCUGGGGCUUGGAGAAUUAGCAGGCCUCACGGUGGCCAAUGAAGCAGACUCACUAGCUUAUGAUAUAGCGAAUAACAAAGAUGCCUUGAGGAAGACGUGGAACCCUAAGUUUACAUUAAGGAGUCACUUUGAUGGCAUCCGAGCCCUUGCUUUCCACCCCAUUGAGCCUGUGUUAAUAACAGCCUCAGAGGACCAUACGCUGAAAAUGUGGAAUCUACAGAAAACAGCCCCAGCCAAAAAGAGUACUUCUCUAGAUGUGGAGCCUAUCUAUACAUUCAGGGCUCACAAAGGCCCGGUGCUGUGUGUGGUCAUGAGUAGCAAUGGUGAGCAGUGCUACAGCGGCGGGACUGACGGGCGGAUCCAGAGCUGGAGCACCACCAAUCCCAACGUCGAUCCCUACGACGCUUACGAUCCUUCAGUUCUAAGAGGCCCUCUGCUGGGCCACACGGACGCGGUAUGGGGGCUGGCCUACAGUGCGGCACACCAGCGCUUGCUCUCCUGCUCAGCAGACGGCACUCUUCGCUUAUGGAAUACAACUGAGGUUGCUCCAGCACUGAGUGUAUUUAAUGAUAACCAAGAGCUGGGAAUUCCUGCCUCUGUGGAUCUGGUGAGCAGCGACCCGAGCCAUAUGGUAGCAUCGUUCAGCAAGGGAUAUACAAGCAUCUUUAACAUGGAAACACAGCAGCGAGUUCUCACGCUAGAAUCCAAUGUUGAUUCAACAUCCAGUUCUUCCUGCCAAAUAAACAGAGUCAUCAGCCAUCCUACCCUCCCAAUCAGCAUCACUGCUCAUGAAGACAGGCACAUCAAGUUCUACGAUAACAAUACAGGCAAACUGAUCCACUCGAUGGUGGCCCACCUGGAAGCUGUGACAAGCCUGGCAGUUGACCCGAAUGGCCUCUACUUGAUGUCUGGCAGUCAUGACUGUUCAAUACGCUUAUGGAAUUUAGAAAGUAAGACAUGUAUCCAGGAGUUCACAGCUCAUCGGAAGAAAUUUGAAGAAUCGAUCCACGAUGUAGCGUUCCACCCUUCCAAAUGCUAUAUAGCCAGCGCUGGAGCCGACGCCCUGGCUAAGGUCUUUGUAUGAUGUGGCACAGCAGCUUCACCUUGUAGCUCUUUAUAAAAGUCAACUGCACAACAGCGAUACGGAAGACCAGGGCAAGAAUCAGCUCGCCCUGCCCUUUUGUUCUGCUGAGGGAGCACAGAGAACUCUGUUAAAAGUAUAGUUUUGCAAUUCGUAUACUGUUUUCUAAAAUUAAGGUUUGUUCAGGUUGCUGCAAGCUCAGCCAAACCUGUGAGCCUGAAACUUUGAGAUUUCCCUCCAAAGAGGCACUUUUGUUUCUGAAGUUGUUGUCAUUCGCUAGGCUGGCCUGAGCGGGACAGGUUUAGCUUCUUCUCCCUUUCAAGUAAACAGGGCAUGCUGUCAUGGGUAAUUAGAGUUGAGCGCCGGGAACGAGUAGAGUGGAAACCUCACUGUACUUCCUGCCACCCGGAGACAUCUACUAGACACGAGGUAGUCAGUUGUACAGCUCUUUCUGCUCCACUAACCCCAGUGUGCAGAACGACCAGUCAGUGUUCAAGUGAGUUCCUACCACAGCUGUCCUUUCAGCCGCUCUCAUAAAGCACAUGGCAAAACAUUUCACCUGCUAGGAGGAAACGAUGCAAUAAUGUUAAGUGUAUUACUAUUCAGAAAUGCUAAACAAAUACUUAAUUUGCAAGCAGAUUUCUAUAUUGUACUACAGUUUUGAAAGUAGAUGUGGAAGCAUUCUAAAGUGAACUGUGAAGCACUCACAGUCAGGAGUGGGUACUAGAGCCUGCUUUACUAAAGGUUUGAACUCACCCAGGUUUGAGAUCCUGUUUAUUUUUAAGGGCAAACAGGGCAUAUUUCUAUAAUUUGUCUAAAAAUUCACCUUGUUAAUGUGGCAUUUAUAGUGCUAGCGUCAUCAUUUCAUAUUGAUAAACUUACUUCCUAGUGAUUCUGAAAAAGGGGAAAACUAUUUAUUAGCAUCCAUUUCCCAACACCCACAUAACUAGUUCAAGUAAGCCUUGCUGUUUCUUCCCUGCCUUUCACGGUCAUGUUGUCUGAUGCUUACCAUGAACAGUUUAUAACUGGUCUGUCAUGUAGUCCAAAGCAUGUGGUCACUGCAGGCAGCUGCUUUUGCAGCCACGCCUAGUAGAGUAGUGCACCCCAGAAAGUCCUCUACUAGUGUCUCGGGAAAGAACUCUGUAGAGAUCUAGAUGGAGAUGUUAGUGCCUGUGAUGUCUACAAAGUUCUUUCUUCUCCCCACUCCCCAUUGUUUAAUUGGAAUGCAUGUUUUAAUGAACAGUUGAUCAAUACUCUAUCUAGAGAAAACCAUGUCUUAAAAUGCCAGCUCUCGCAUUUAUCUGUGAGCCGAAUGUGGUCAGCUUUUGGGAGUCUCAGAAUCCUACUGACACACCUAGGGCAGUCUUCACACCCUCUCUGCUUUUGUCCUAAAUGACAGAGACCACUAUAAAUACUAAAUUCAAAUUAAUCUCCACCUUUUUACCAAAAUGUGUUCAUCAUAGGCUCUCUGUCUUAAAAAUAUUAUACCCAUAGAUAUUAUGACCCAUUAAACUAAUUCCAUUGCCAUAGCCGUGGCUUUUCUGGUGAUCUGUUCUUUGAAGUAGUAUUCUUACGGUGAUGUGGCUAAUAAUUGACUUCUUAAAAAUUUCUGCUCAUCUAUCUUUAGAAUUCUCCAGUGCAGGCAAACUUUUCUUACAUUAUAAGAUUCGUGUUGAACGUCCCUGAUUACUCUAUAGACAUGCUGUAGCACAACUACAGUUUAUCUUUGUGCUUUGGUUAACAAGCAGGCUUUAGAGAUUCACUGGUAUAUGCAAGUGAAUUGAGUUACACAUAACUACCAAGGAAAGCUCACAUUUUCAUGUAUAGAGUUUUAUGCUGUGACAGGUAAACUCUUCCAUACUUUGUAAAGUGAACAAAAGGAUUUAUUAACAUUUGUAGAAUAUUAGAAGAUUCCAGUCGUAAGUGGCAUAUUUAUGAUGGCUGAGCACAGUUACUGCUUCAGUGUACGUCUUACUCUUGUCAUCAACACUCCAGAUCCCAGGAGAGUCUGCCCUGUUCAUUCUGUGCCUCGUAAUUGAAGUUUUCUUGUUAAUGGGUGGGACACAAUCCUAAGAUAGGCAAAGUGUAGUACAAAUGACAGAACUGUUGAAAGUUGUUUAGGAAGUAUGUUUUGUGCCAUUGAAGACUGCACGGAGAAAGAGAGCCUUCUAAACUAGCCCUGUUUGCUGUCAACCUAGAAAUGAGCCAACUGUCUUCCAACUGGAUGGUAGCAUGUACGUGUGUUUGACUUUCCCCAUCCUAUUGAAAAAUCACAAGAUGAACAGUUUCAAGAUUCAAAACCCUUGAAAUACUUUCAUGGUUAUUUACCAGAUUGUAAAUGUUUUGAGUGAGCUGUUUUGGAAUAAUAUGAAAAUCAGCAGGUAGGUUAGGUCCCUGCCUUAUUUUCAGUGCUGUGGAUGUGUCUCCGGGAGCUUACAGUACUUCUCAAAAUGCAGCUGUCACUUGGAGCUCAUUUGCUACUCAAACCAUAGACAAAUAGGUGAUGGGAUGACCUUCAGUAUUUUUCUAUUGAACAAAGUUACCAAUUUUUGCCAUUAAACAGAUAAUUAGUUAUGCAAAGUAUUUAGCUUUUGUAAUCAUUUAGUUGUAACUAAAAGGGGGAAAUUGAGCUGUAUCACUGAUAAUGAACUUUGUGAGAAAUUAUUUGUUUAUCUGACUUCCAUUCCUUCAGUAUUCUUGCUAUAAAUUUCUUUUGGAGAUAAUGAUUCUUUAUUUGAAAGAUGUCUAAAAUGUAUGUAUAUUUUAUAAAUAUAUAUUAUAUAUAUUAUAGGGAUAUAUAUAAUAUAUAGACGAUAUAUAUCUAUCUAAACCAUGGGUGCAUUUUACUGUUUGUGUCUUCACUUUGGGAGGUAGUAUACUCAUAAGUUGAUGAGUCUGACGAGUGUUGUGCUGUUUGCUUUUACAGUAUAAUAUAUAGUUCCAAGUGUUUAAAUACUGUAUAUACUAUAUUCAUUAUAGGCUAGCAUGCUUGUUUUAAAGACUGUCAUUCUAGUUUAUUAAAAUCUGAAUGUAAGAAAACCUGGCUAUUCAAAUGUGAAUUGAAAAAUUCCAUUCUCAGAACUGAACUGUUUCCAUUGAACAUUCAAGCUUUUUGACAAAAUGUGUCAUCGAGAAGGCAAUAGCUAGAAAGUGAGAGGUGCCUUUAAAAAAAAAACCUACAAACGCAGCCUUACAGUGAGGGUGAAGACUGAAUCUGUGUCGGGGUGGGGGGAAGAGAGAGUGUGAGAGAUUGUGUGUGUGUGUGUGUGUGUGUGUGUGUGUGUGUGUGUGUGUGUGUGUGUGUGUGUGUACACCAGUCUGUGGAGACCCUGACUGUGAUUGUCAGUGUUGUUUAAUGUAUCUUUUCAACUUCCAGGACUUGAGGGGACAUUUCUGCACAGCCAUGCUCCUCGGAGCACUUUGUGUGCUUUCCAACAGUGUGGAAUUGUGAACUCCUAGAAAAUUCAGUAAGGAAUAAAUAGCUGUUUGUUUUUUUCAAUUAAAAUCAAUUUCAGGUAACAAAUUAUUGGUUCCCCAGAAUUAUGGGAUUCUCGUUGAAAUUGUAAUUUUUUACAGCUUGACUUUAUAGUGCUUCAUGUGUCUCCCCUGUUCACAAGAGUGUGGCAUAAAGUUCUUAGAUGACGAGGAAUGAACUAGUAAACUUGCUUUUAGAUGAAACACUUGAACUAACUAAACUCCACCUAACAGUAGUCUUGAAGAAUUGAAAUGGCCUCUCUCAUAUCUACCUCACUGUCAUUGCCGCCAUUCUACAUAGAACAGCCCUGUCUGGCAUUAAAGAUGAUGGUUGAUGCAACUUAAACAUCUGCUGGUGCUUUCUUCAGGCUUGGUCAUCUCAGCUGUACAUCACAAGCAGCCUGUAACGUGUAGUUACAUGUAACAUGUAGGGUUAGUUUUAGGGUUUUGUUUUUUUUUGUUUUUUUUUUUUUUUUUUGCCUGUUUACUUCUUUGUUUUUCCUUUAAAAUACCAUCAGUGUUCCUUUUUGGAAGGAGUUGCUUCCCGGUUGUUAUGUCUGUGGGAUAUUUUUAUCCAAGAAUCAAAUUGUUACUGAAUCUCUCUGAAACUCCAGGCAUAGUAGCACACUCUUAUAUAAUCCUACUCGAGAGGUGAAGGCAAGAGAAUCAAGACCAAGGUCAAGGUCAUCCUCCGCUGUAUACGGAGUUCAAGGCCAGCCUGGGCUUCGUGAGCCCUUGUCUCAAUACAACAAAAAGUAUCAUUUUAUUUGGCUUACUUUAUUCUUUGAAAGGUAUUUCAACCCUCUUAGGGAUACAAUUAUUCACUUUAUUGACUCAGAAAAUGCCUCUAUAAGUGUGUUACUGCCAUGUUUAUAUUACAGUACUUAGGAUGUUUGACACUGGGAUUCUGGUGGCAGAAAAGUAGUAUCUGAUGAAGUGUGUGUGUGUGUGUGAGAGAGAGAGAGAGAGAGAGUGACAGAGAGUGAGAGAGAGAGAGAGUGUGUGUGUGUGUGUGUGUGAGUGAAAUGUAUUAUUUCUUAAAUGUAUUAUUUCAGUGGAAGCUCAGAAAAUGAGUAUCUCUGUUUAGCAGGUAAACAAUUUGAAUCAGUUUUGCAUUUGCCUCUGAAAGCUUUGUAAUUGACCGUAUCAGGCAUGCAGUUAGGUCUCCAUGUCCAUGGAAGGGACUCCACAUUGACCAAGUAUUUAACAGAACCUUGACAUCAGUUUUAUUGUUAUGUGUUUAAUUUUGAAAAGGUUAUGUUAGACCAAACGAGAUCUUUAGAUCCCAUUCUUCAUUCUAACAAUGUUUCUGAAGUGGUGCUGAGGAUUUUUCUGGAUUUUUCUGGCUCUUGGCUAGUCAAGCUUUAGGUUUCGUUUACCUGGGACCACGUGUUCAUCAUCGCUCUGGUGCAAAUUAGGGAGUUCAUGUUCACUUAGAGUAACUUCAGUGUCUGCCUGGGCUCUUACCAGGCUGGGAACCAGUGAGUGCCUUGUUAGUGUAGAGUGAUCUUUCCCGUUGUCCGUUAGGUCUUUCUGAGAGGGUCUCAGAGACUGAGCUUUGAGUUGGCUGGGCGAGCUGCUGAGAUUGGUGAUACAGCAUUGGGAAGUCUUUGGUCUGCCAUGUCCACUCUCCCUGCUUUCUCUUCAUCCUUUGGCUGGUGUUGGCCCCUUGUGAGAAAACAAAUAGAGCCCCCUUCACGCUAUUUUUAUUUCCGCUUAAGGCGUGUCCCCCAUUCCCGCCCCAGCUAUAUGAUCCAAUGCCUGUUUUAGGAAGAACCACUUCUUUGUAAUAUGAAAAUCUACCACUUAUUUUAUGUCUUCUCAAUAUCAGUUUACUGGAGCGGAUCUCAGGGUAUCAUCAGUUCAGAUUCCUAAAUAACACUUUCUCUUCAACCCAAACCCCAACUGGUGAGCCCUGGGCCAGAUUGUUUGAUAUCAGGUAUCUUAAACUUCAGUUAUAAUAUCAAUUAAUGUAAAUCCAAAUGCAAAUUUGUGUGGUGCAAGAAGUUUCUUUUGUAAAUUCAGGGUAUGGAUAAGCUAAUAAUGAUAUCCAGUUCUGGUGGCUCUAAGUGUAUUAUUUGUUUUUAAAUAAAGUGUACAAAUAUA